GCUUUCCUUCUUCCUCUUCAUCCUUUGGGUAUGAUUCCUUUGGAUCAAAUUCAAAAAUCUUAUAAAUUCAUCAAUUUCACCUUCUAGAAAUUAAUAUUUGAAUAACUACAAAACUGUUGAAAAAAUAAUUACAUUUUGUAAAACCUCUUAAAUUCUUUCAUUCUUGUUUUUAAUUCAUAAGAACAAUUUUUACACGAAUUUUGAAAAUUUUUUGGUCAAUUUUGGUGGAAGUUUUUGUGAAUUUGAAUUUGAAUUUGAAUUUGAUGUUGAGAAUAAGGAUAAGAAGAAGGAAUAAUUGGAGUAAUUUUGGUUGAAAAGCUGGGGAAUUUGAGGUUUGAUCGGAGAACGAAGGUUUAUCCGAUAGUAACGGAGGUGGAAAACAUGGAGGUUAAGGUUUGUAGUUCAGCUGGUGAUAUAUGGAGGAGAGAAAUUGUUGGAGGAGGUGGUGGAGUAAGCCAUGAAAGUGAGCAUGAUUUAGCGGCAAUGGUGAGCGAUUUUCUGGAGAAUAAUGGAAGUUAUGGUGCUGAUUCUUGGUGUAGUAGUGAUAGCGAUUCUGGAUUCUGCGAUCUUCAUCACCUCGCUGAUAAGAUUUCGGUUUCAUGUGACUAUGCAGUUCUUUAAGCGCUCAGUGGAUCAGUAUGAGAGUGACUUGCAGUCUGUGGUUCAAUCUCUUUUGCUUUCAAUGGGUAAAACGGAUCUUCAGCUUGUUAAGACCGGUCUAUGUAAUGGGAGCUGUAUUCGUUAUGCUUUGGUGAAGCUUCUUAGAUCAUCCGGAUAUGAUGCUGCUGUCUGUUCUUCUAAAUGGCAAGGCUGUAACAAGGUGCCUGGAGGUGAUCAUGAAUACGUUCAGGUAGUGAAUUACUUAAACGAUGGAAGCACGGAACAUACUAUAAUUGACAUAGAUUUCCGAAGCCAUUUUGAGAUAGCCAGAGCUGUAGAAUCCUACGAUAAGAUUUUGAAAUCACUUCCUGUUGCUUUUGUGGGUUCCCUUACAAAGCUAAAACAGUUCCUUCAAGUCAUGGUUGAAGCUGCUCGGGUUUCUCUCAAGCAGAAUUCUAUGCCACUUCCCCCAUGGAGAUCCCUCGCUUAUUUACAAGCUAAAUGGCAUUCGCCUUAUCAGAGAAGAGUCUCCCCGGAAGAACAGAACAUCAAAAGCUCUACCGCCACUAGUCAUAAACAGUGCUAUGACCAACUACGACAAUUGCAAUCCGCCCUUCAGAUGGAAAUCGGAACCGACAGGUUGCUGAAGCCUCUAAACAACGAUAACAGCAGAAGGCUGAAACCUGAGCGGAGGAAGCUCUCUACAUUCAGGACCCUUUAAGCUGUACAAAAAGUUUUUGCCGCGGGAAUUGUGAUUUAAUUUGAGAGAUACGUUUUCCUUUUUUUCCAAUACCUUAUAAAAGCCCGAAAAUUCUUUUUUGUUCGAGAUCAAGGAAUAAUCUUCACGGGGACCAUCUCAUCGAAGCUUCGUAUGUACUAUACGAGACACAACAACACGACUACAUUCCACAGUUACAGCUGGGUAUGUAUGUGCAUCUCUUAAGCCAAACUUUUGCUUCAUUGUGUUAUGGAAUAAUCACAUUGCUGGGAGUCCUUUCUGAAGUAAUCCUUGAUUCUUUUUUCCCUUUUUUUAUGGAUCUUGUAUUUUUGUUUUUCUUUUUUUAACACCUAAAUAUUUUCCUGGGCCAUAAAUUAAAGGUUUCCAGGAAAUUUUGUCACUUGUUUUAUUAUUAUUUAUAAAAGUAUAAUCAACCGUUAAUUUAAUCUCUUUAUAAAUUAUUAUGUAUUCAUGAUAUAAUUAUUUGAUUGGAAUCUUCAAGAUGAUUCAAUGAUAGUCUCAGACGAACUUUUUCAUUA